CCGGAAGUUACCCGGCAGAUGGAUGAUGUAACACAUGGAAAGUUCCGGAUGAACCAAAGGUCGACAUAAAAACUGAGAAGCGGCGCUACAGCUUCAGAUUAUCCUGACAGUUUUUCAUCAAACGUACAGAGGUACACACUUAAUAUUUAAUAAUGCCAAGAGGAAGCAGAAGCCGGACAUCUAGGAUGCCCGCACCAGCCAGCCGGGCACCACCAUCUCCACCACCCAUGGCCAGAGCAGCACCUCCUCCCUCCCAUGCCCCGGUUCCAAUGCAGGCUCCUCCAUCCGCUGUGGCAGCACCGGCUGCAGCACCCAGGCAGCCGGGCAUGUUUGCCCAGAUGGCGACCACAGCAGCCGGGGUGGCAGUGGGCUCGGCGGUAGGACACACCAUCGGUCACGCGUUGACUGGAGGGUUCGGUGGAGGGAACUCAGAACCGGCCAAGCCUGACGUCACAUACCAGCAUCAGCAGCCACAGUCUUACUACCAGCAAGGCCAGCAGCAGCAGCAGGUUUGCUCCUAUGAGCUCAAACAGUUCCUUGAGUGUGCGCAGAAUCAGAGCGACCUGAAGCUCUGUGAGGGAUUCGGUGAAGUACUGAAGCAAUGCAAGUUUGCAAACGGUCUAUCAUGAGGUGAAGACGAAGCGCUGCAGAGAAAGUCACAAAUGUUCUCAAAGUUUUAGCAGGGUGUAAUUAUUAAAGGGAUCAAUCAAUAAAACAAGAUUUAUUUAACAUUUGAGUAUCAAACAUAAUUUGUGAAACAGCUGCUGCAGAGCUUAUAAAUAAUGUUUAUAUACUUUAGUGGUGUCAUGUUUGUAAUUAUGAUGGGAGCUUGUGUUUCAUUAGCAUCCAUCCUUUUAGUUUCUUCUCUGAUACUUCAGAAUCUGCAACAUAAAACCCUUAGGAACCACAAGGUUGCAUUUUCUGGAUCCGUGUUGCUCAAAGUUUGAUUGUACCAGUAAAAAAAAUAAAGGAGAUUAAACAUGA